UCGACACAUGCCGACUCAACUUCGGGAGAGCCGGUCAUGUGACCGGCGCAUUUUCCAAUCGAGUGUACCGGCUGUAUUGCAAGAUGGCGGCCGAUGCAAUAGCGUUGGCAAUGUUGGAUAUGUUUAUGGAUAGUGAAGGGGAAGAAAUGGAAUGCUUGAUGGAGGCGACUCAACACCUCACAACGCAUUUACGAGAAGAUCGAACAAAAACAGAAGGGUAUUUUGAAGAAACAAUCCCGAACUACUUACCAGAUGACUUCAAAAGGUUUUUUAAAAUGAAUCGUGAAACAUUUGAUGUCCUUUGUCAGCACCUUAGUGAAUGUGAACAGUUAAAACAACGUGUAUGUGCAGGAGGUAGAGAACCGAUUCCGAUGGAGAAGAAGGUACUGAUGACCAUUCGUUAUUUGUCGUCAAUGGAUACAAUACGUAGUUUAAGUGACAGAUUUGGUGUAACCGAUUCUUCGUUUUUGAAGUGUAGGGAACAAGUAAUUAAUGCAAUUAACUCUUCAUUGAAGAAAUUCAUCAAAUGGCCAACGACUGGUGAUUAUUUGUCAAUAUCAGAACGCUUCAAUGAUACAGGUUCAUAUGAAUUCCCAAAUAUCAUUGGAGCAAUAGAUGGGUCACACAUCCCAAUCGAAGCUCCAGCAGAGGAUGCUAAUGCAUAUUACAACAGGAAAGGAUUCCACUCCAUUCUUUUGCAGGGCAUCUGCACACAUGACUUGUAUUUUAUAAGUAUAAAUGUCGGUUACAAGCAUAGAUAUUUUGUAAGUAGAAAUAAUUGCAUGAACAUUACCUUAACUACAUCAACAACAUUUCAUUUAACUUUUACAAAAAGAAAUUGCACUUUCCUCUUUCAAUACAUAUAUUGAAACAAACAGAAUACAGAGCAAAUACGCUGUCGUUCACUUUUCAUUGAUCAUAAAAAACAAUUUCGGGCAAACAACUAAUUGUCAGUAAUUUUAUAUAUAGUUACAAUUACAUCUUGCACCUAGCCCAAAUAUUUGAAGUUACAUUUAUUUAAUAUAACUGAAAAAGUAAUAAGAUUGAAACAAGCAAAAAAACCAACAUUUUUAAGAAAAAUUUGAUUUGAGACGCACUGGGUUGUGAACCUCACUGUCUUCUCUAAAUACAUGUAAACACAUUUAACAGUAUAAUAUGAUCAUAAAACAAGAAUUAACACAAUUUCAAGACAUUUAAGAAAUAAACUUGGCACCUGGCACAGAUAAUAGACUAUAAAAAAGAAUCUUCAGGUAGAACAGGGAUAAGAUAAUAAAAUAUAUAUCGUCAUUUAAUCAUCAUCAGAAGACGCACUUGGGGAAUUGGAAUGAGCUGCAGAGGAAUCUUGUUUUCCUCUUAAAACAUCAAUGAAGGAUUUCCUUAUGUUCAUUUUUUCCUUGUGCCGCUUUGACAAGCUACAUUAAAAUAUCUGUUAAUAUGGUACUAUUCCAGUGCCAAUUUAAAUUAGUCAUUACAUAAGUCAGAAAAAAUAGACCUCCUGU